AGGAAAAGCUAACAGGCAGAACAAGAAUAACCGGUGUAACUCGUUGGGAAACUCCACUGUGGGAGGAACUUUGUACCAUGUUUUAUUUUAUAGAGAGACAAGCGUGUUUUGUGGAUAUUUAUUCUUCAUAUCUUUCAAGGACCGUCUACCUGCAUGACCUAAACAAAAACAUGGCCUCCACAUUGUCUGAAGAGCAAUUUCAGUGCAGCAUCUGUUUGUACAGCUUCAAAAACCCUGUCUCUAUCCUGUGUGGGCACAAUUUCUGCCUGGAGUGCAUCAAACGUUAUUGGGAUGUGGCACAAAAGUCGGAUUGUCCGCUGUGCAAAGAAUCCUUCGGAAGUCGCCCCGAACUCAGGGUGAAUUGGACCUUAAAAGAAAUCACUGAAAGAUUUCAAAGCUUGUUAAAGGAAAUGCCAGGAUUCAAAGCAAAGAGACCCAUCAUUCCACUACUGCCAAUUAGGUCUGGAGGAGAGAAGGAGAUCAAGAUCAAGCCUCUGCAGACUCGGAUAAAGAAGACCCAAGAGCAGUAUCAACAGAUGAUCCAGAUCCGAAUCAGAAAGACCGAGGAGAUCAAACAGUCAAUGGAGCUGAGCAAAAGAAAUAAAGAAAGAGAGAUACAGGCCAGCGUUCAGAAUGCCACAAUGAUGGUAAGUGCCAUUGAGAGAAACCAGGCUUUGCUCAUCGAGGAGAUCGAACAGAAGCAGGAGGUGGCUGAGAAGAGAGCAGAGGAGCUUCUCAAGGAGAUCAGCCAGGAGAUCAAUGAGCUGCAGAAGAGAUGCAGUGAGCUGCACCUCCUGGAGCACAUUGAGAACCCAGUUCAGCUCCAGCAGAACUUUUUACAUCUGAACACUCCGAUGUCCGUCAAGCACUGGGCUGACGUCAGAGUCCAAUCGGAGAGCUACGCACGGACUGUGAGGAGAAAUUUCUCCAAACUGGUCGACAUCUGCCAGGAACUGGAGAGGAAGCUGUGUGCAGAGGAGGUAAACAAGAUGAAUAAAUAUGCAGUGGAUGUAACUCUGGAUCCUGCUACUGCUGCUGGCUGGGUGGUCCUGUCCCCGGAUAAUAAAAAGGUGAGCAUGAGCUACCAGCCGGGGAGGACCCCGCUACCUGACGACCCCCGCAGGUUCGACUCCUGCGUCGCCGUGCUGGGAAAACAAAGCUUCACAUCUGGGAAACGUUACUGGGUGGUUCAGGUUGGGGAUAAAAGAGACUGGGAUCUUGGGGUGGCCCAGGAGUCCAUCAACAGGAAGGGCGCCAUCACAGUUCGCCCUGAUAACGGUUACUGGGCGAUAUGCCGACGCAACGGUGGUAGCCUGUAUGCCUGCGCUGGACCCGCCGUCACUCUUCACCUUAAAGAAAUUCCUCAGAAAGUCGGUAUAUUCCUGGACUAUGAAGAAGGCUCGGUGUCCUUCUACAACACAGAGGCAAAGACUCACAUUUAUACUUACAGUGGGCUCACUUUCACUGAGCCGCUGUAUCCGUACUUUAACCCCUGCAUACAUGACAACGGGAAGAAAACGGCCCAGCUGGUCAUCUGCCCGAUCGAGGCUGGGAUCACUGUAGACCCUUCAGCACGUUGAGCGAGAGACUCGGAGGAUCCUUUUUAAAACCUUGAGAGCAUCCACAUUCAUUGUCUGGAUAAGUUGUAAUCUGUAAAUGCAAAUGAAAGACCAAGAACAGGAGAAAAUAUUCUUCUCCCAAGUGUAAAGCGAACACCCUGAAUAUUGUCCUGGUACAGACUGCAAGCCCAAGCUUAGCUCCUGCAAGGUGUUUGGAUAUAUUUAUUUAUUUAUUCCAGUCAAAAGCUAUAAGUUAACCACGAGGUUUGCUAAUGUCUCUUAAUCUUCCUGAUGAUAUCUAUAAAGAGGUUUUUAAAAAGAGCUAAAGACCCAAGCGAGGGUUCAUCUGAACCAUCCACUUACCGGUAUGUCUGCUAAGGGAGGACAAAUGUAUGUAAAUGAGGAUAAAACUUCCACUGAUAAGUCCACAGUUAUCUGACAACGACACAUUAUUGAUGGUUUAGGAACUAUCAGAUGAACCUAUACACGAUCACUACGGUGGAUAGCACUGCAUGAAUCCUGCCUACAUUUUUACACUACUCGUUCUUUGGUAAUUUAUCAAUAUGGUAUAACUUAGAUUAUAGCUCAAGGCCUGAUUUAAAAGAACUUUAUGAAUCCAACUUUGUUUGGAUCUUUGGUUUAAGAUCAGGGACACGUCACAUGGUCUUAUGAGUUCAGAGUUCAAAAAUACAAUUAAAACAAAAAGAAAAACAACUCAACAACCUCUCGUGGGGUAGUCAAACCACUGGUGACAGACAGAGCACAGGAACAUACCUCCAUAAGCAACAAGUCAUCAAAGACCGACACAAAAGCUGACAUCAAACCACGUAGUCUGCACGCUGUGUUUCUUUGCAUCAUGGAUGGUGAGUCAGACUCAUUCUGUGUCAACACUGUAUUGAACUUUAGAGUAUCUUAUGUGGGGCAGAGCACUGAAGCUGCACUGAAGCUGCAGUUUCAGUGCUGGAGCUGCUGGAAGAUCUUUUUAAAAUGUCUUCAUGUAUUAAGUUUAUAGAUGAUGUACAGUGUUUGCUUGUAGGUUUAUCAUUAAAGAAGCAGCACUUUAAUGAGUUUAUUUGAACAAGGGUUUCUUUCCUGUUAUUUACCAAUAGAAAUACUUUCUUAAAUCCUACUUCUGCUACCUUAUUAUAUUUGUGUAUUUGUAUCCCAAUAACUACAAUAAAAAUGUGUGCUUUAUCCUGCUUGAGUAGCACGGCUCAAAGGUCAUACAUUCAAAAUUCAUAACUGACUUGUAGCAACAGCAACUGCAGUGGGAGAAAAAAACAUAUCAUUUCCUUUUCACAGAAUCUCACACUGCUUAAUAUUUCUUACACUUAGUGCAACUUACAUUUGUGCACAGGUGCUUUUACAUUACACUUAUAUGUUACACUUCACUUACAUUUA